UUUAACAUGGACAUUCUUUACUUCUGGUCAGUGUACGCUUUCCUUUACUAAUUAAAGCAGAUGUACAAUGUGUGUGUGUGUGUGUGUGUGUUUAAGGGUCAUUUAUUUAUUUUUAUUUUUAUUUUUGGCUGCAUUGGGUCUUUGUCGCUGUGCGCAGGCUUUCUCUAGUUGUGGCGAGCAGGGGCUUCUCUUGUUGCGGAGCACAGGCUCUAGGCGCGGGCUUUAGUAGUUGUGGCUCUCGGGCUCUAGAGCGCAGGCUCAGUAGUUGUGGUGCACAGGCUUAGUUGCUCCGCAGCAUGUGGGAUCUUCCCGGACCAGGGUUUGAACCCGUGUCCCCUGCAUUGGCAGGCAGAUUCUUAACCACUGUACCACCAGGGAAGCCCACAAUGUGUAUUUGACAGGCCACAAACAGGCUGUUUUAGUUAGCAUAAAAUUCAAGUUAACUCAUGAAAAAGCCAGAAUGACUUCCCCAUACCUCAAUAUGUGAAAAUUUCUUUUAUCAACACGCAGUAAAUACUUGUUGAACGGAUGGGUAAAUGCUUGGAUGAGUGAAUGGAGAAACAUAAUAUGUUCUUUGUGGGAAAGAUUCAAUAAUGCAAAAAUGUUGAUUAUCCCCAAUUAAGGUGUGAACCUAAUACAGUACUGGGGUCGACACAGACAUGAGAGACCCAGACCCCACUCCCAGGAAGGACUUGCUGCCCAGUUGUGGGGAGUGUAACUUGUGCACACAGCCACCUCCCCUGAGGUCUCACCCCUGCUGCGGUGGCAGCAUCUGGUGACUGAGCAACGUCGGGUAAUAAAGGCCCUGGUUCAGCCCAGUGAUGAGCAGCUCUGACAGGCAGUGCGGUUGGGUUGGCUAAAGCUUUGUGGGGUCUUUGCAUCUGUUUAACUUCUUCCUCUGCCCCCUCCUUCUUCUUUCCCCAUCCUUUCACAGAUGUUGAUCCCUAAUAAAUAGACUGCACCCCAAACUGGCUUCCAAAACCCCAACCUGUAACGAAUACUAAUUAAAAUACCAAAUACCAAAUACAAGCAAAGCAAGAAAACAAAACGAAACUGGAAACGACCUAAAUGUUUAUCAAUAGGGAAAAGCUUAGUCAAUAAUUAUGGCACAGAUUAUGAAAUGAGAUGAAGAUGAAAAAUGAAUAAAGGACAUUUAUGAACUGAUAUGAUAAAGUGUUCCUGAUACACUGUUAAAUGAAUUUUAAAAAGCAAGUAGCAGAACACAAUCCCAUUUAAUUAGAAAAUAGAAACUGAAAUGUAUUUGCUUUCCUUCCUCCCCUUUUAAGACACUAAGAAUCCUUCUUACUGUGAAAAGAUUGUGUGUGUGAAUUCAGAGCAGCCCCCUUAGAGGGAUUUACGGAGUUGACAGGAUUAAAUUGAAUCCCUUUCGGGAGGACAGUGUAUGUGGAGAGAGCCCAGGCUAGGGUGUCCGGCGGCACUGGGCUGGAAAUCUGGCUCUUUUGCUUACCAGGUGUGAGAUCUUGGGCAAGUCACACAAUGGCUCUGAGCCUAAGUCCAUCAUCCAAAAUUCCUCCCAAGGUUCUUGUGGAAAUUGAAUGGUUAAUGCAAGUGUCUGGCACAGUCCUCAUCAGAUCUGCGUGCUCAAUAAAUUCUGUUCUUUCCCCUGGUUUCUCCCCUCCCAUUCCGGCCAGGAAAUCCUACUCUCCACCACCCCCUUCCCUCCUUCCGAGCGGAGUGAAGAGAGCUGGCCAGAGCUGGGGGAGCAUGAUGGCUGAGGCCCCAGAGGAAGCUCAGAUGCCAGGGACCCCGGGUCAGGAUUGAGCAAGAGCAGAGCAAUGGGCUCCUCUGGACCUGGGUUUGCAGUGAUGGAGACACCAACAAUUCUGAGGUCUUCAGAUGCAGGAAGUGAAAGGAGGUGUGGGGCAGACUGCACCUCUGGUUCCUUCUGGUCCAAUGCUUCUCUCCCAAAUGGUAAAAUUGAGGAAGUCAUGGGAGCUCAAAAGAAGCGGAAAGGGAGUAGACACUCCCUGCAAGAGGAAAGCAGAGCUGGCCCCAUAUCCAGCUGCCCCGUGCACACCACGUCUGCCUGCGUUUUGAUUUCAAUUCCUUCUUGUUGUUUACUGCCCCAAUCAGGGAAACGGGAGAUUCCCAGAUUAUAGACUCCUGGUCUUUCAGACACAAAGACCAGCAGGUCUCCAGUCACUUAGGUGGCUCCUCCUUCAGUCACCCCCAUCCCAACUCUCCAGGAUUUAGUUUUUUCCAGCUCUGGUCAUUGCUGCACAAAGAACUCAAGAAUCAUAGCCUCUGGACUUUUCACAGCCCUGCCCGCGGGUCCUACCUGGUCCCAGCCUCCGUCUUUAUCCCAGCUCCUUCCCCAGCCUGGCCGCUGGCCCUGCCUCUACUUCAGCUCCGACAGCCUCAGAGGCCGUGUUGGUCCAAACAUGUCAGUGAAGUAUGAAGACCUCCAGUACUUGGAGAGUGAGAAGAAAAGCCAGGGGUUUACAGAUGGGCUGCCUGCCCUCGAGACCUUCCUGCAGCGGCUCCUCUCCGGCACCCGCUCCUUCCUGCUCUCCCUGGGCCUCAGCCUCCUCCUGCUGGUCGGCGUCUGUGUGAUUGGAUCCCAAAAUUCCAAGUUUCAGAGGGACCUGGCAACCCUGAGAACAACUUUCAGCAACUUCACUUCAAACGCUACGGCUGAGGUCCAGGCACUGAAAUCCCAGGGUGAGCCUGGUGGAAGUUUGCAAGAAAUGAUAACAUCUCUGAAAGCUGAGGUGGAAAGUCACAAGCAGGAGCUGCAAGCAGCCCGUAGCUUGAAUGACAAGGUGCUUUCUCUGGAGAGCAGCCUGGAGAACCAGCUGCAGGAACUCAAAGCAGGUUAUUCCGAAAUGCUCCUGCGAGUCCAACAGCUGGUCAAGAACCUGCACUCCCUGACCUGCAAGAUGGCUGCUCUCAAGAGCAAUGGCUCGCAAAACAACUGCUGUCCUACCAGUUGGCUGGAGCAUGAAGGCAAAUGCUACUGGGUCUCUUCCUCGGGGAAGCCCUGGCCCGAGGCUGAGAAGUACUGCCAGCUGGAGGACGCCUACCUGGUGGUCAUCAACUCCAGAGAGGAACAGGAUUUUGUCCAGGCCCAUAUAGGCUCCUCCUACACCUGGAUGGGCCUCAGUGAUCUGGAUGGAGUCUGGAAAUGGGCGGAUGGGACGGACUAUGAGACCAACUUCAAGAACUGGAAGCCAGGCCAGCCGGACGACUGGCAAGGGCACGGGCUGGGUGGGGGCGAGGACUGUGCCCACUUCCACCCCGAUGGCAAGUGGAAUGACGACGCGUGCCAGAGACCCUACCACUGGAUCUGCGAGGCUGGGCUGAGCAAGGGCAGCUAGGGGAGUGGACCACCUGGCCGAGGAAAUGGCGGGGCUGGGGGAGGGGGACCUUGUCCUUGUGGGAGAGGAAUAAGCCCUGGGAGAUUGGAGCACUGCCAUUGUUUUGAGUUGGGUUUUUUUUUCCCCCUUAACUUUUAAAAGAUUAUCUAGAGUUCCUAAGGUAUUUUUAAAAAAAUUUUCUGCUUUAUUGUGGUAUAAUUGACGUACAAAAUUGUAAGAUAUUUAAAGUGUACAUCGUGAUUUGAUACAUGUAUACGUUGUGAAAGGAUUCCCCCAUCUAGUUAAUGAACGUAUCCAUGACCUCA